UGCAGUUUUGGGGCUUUCUACUAGUCUCCUCUCAAACGUCUCUUCUCCGGUAUACUCUUCUUUCUGAAGUUUCUGGAGGAGUAAGGAAAGGCUCAUCCAAGAGAACAAAACCAUACAAAACCAGGUAUAGGUGAGAAGGACUCAAGGGUGUAGGGCAUCGGGGCUUUGUGUGGUUUGGGACAAUGCUGAGAAAGAGGACCAGAUCACAUCAGAAAGAUCAAAACAUGGGUCAGCUCAAUUCUGAUGUUGUUUCAGAAUCCUUUGUUCACUCUGAUUUUUUGGCUCAUAGGAAUAAAAAUAGCUCCUUUUUCAAUGUGCCUGGUCUGUUUGUUGGUUUCAACUCUAAGAAUUCUGAAUCUGAUUCAGCUAGAAGCCCCACUUCGCCUUUGGAUUUUAGGGUGUUUACUACCUGGGGAAAUCCCUUUAGGUCCCCAAAAUUGUCCCAUGAAAGUCAUCAUCAAAAGACCUGGGAUACCAAUAAAGUAGGGCUAAGCAUUAUUGAUUCUCUUGAUUAUGAGGUUAAGCAAUCGGGAAAAGUUCUCCGAUCUUCUGAUAGUAAAAACAUUCUUUUUGGACCAAAGAUAAGGAUAAAAACACCAAAUUUUAACAAUUGUACUGAUUCUUUUGAGGCGCCUAAAUCUCUGCCCAAAGAUGUUGGUAUUUUUCCUUUUGCCAAAUCUAAGCAUUCUAAUCUGCAAAACGGCAGCUCUGAUGUUCUUUUUGAAAUUGGAGAUGGCCCAUUGCAACGGAACUCCCUUGGAAAUUUCCGCCCCUGUUCAUUAGAUUCUGGAAGGUCUGGUUCACAUCUCAGCCGUCUUGCAAACCAUAACUCCAACCUGAGUUCUACAAAUUUUGGCUCCAGCAAUGGAACAGGCCCCGUCACUUCACCAUCACAUUUUAAGAUAGGCUCAGUGUUGGGUGAUUCUUCUGGUGCAGAACAGCCUUCAAUUACUGCUACUAUUGCAAAUGGUCUCAUUGGUACCAUUUCACCAAGUGAGAUUGAGCUUUCAGAGGAUUAUACCUGUGUCAGAAAGCAUGGCCCCAAUCCUAAAGUAACUCACAUUUUUGGUGACUGUGUUUUGGAAUGUCACAACAGUGAGUUAUCAAAUUUUGGUAAGUAUAAGGAAGAGGGCAAUGCCUUGCCCCUGACAGCUGAGUGCUCAGAGGUUCCAACCUCGUACCCCUCCAGCAACUUCUUGAGUUUUUGCUACUCUUGCAAGAAGAAAUUGGAUGGGGAAGAUAUUUACAUGUACAGAGGCGAGAAAGCAUUUUGCAGUUGGGCUUGCCGUCUGGAGGAGAUUAUGAUUGACGAAGAGACAGAGAAAUGCAACAAAAAUGUUUCAGAAAAGUCUGCGAAGCCAAGCAACAGUGAGGAACUUUCUGAGACCGGCCUGUUCAUUUCUACUUGAAAUCCUUUGAUGUCAUUACCGUGCCCAUGAUUGAUGAAACGUGCACACAGGUAGACACACAAGAUAAUCUGUUCUCCGAGAGCUGUAUAUGUGCAUCUGUAAGCAGCCAUGGAUGAUCGUGUUUUUUGUUCAUUAUGGUGGUGGUGUUUCAGCAUGCAUGGUUCUGGUUGGUGAUGGUUGCAACCAGCAAAUUUUGCUUUACAUAUUCUGACUCUGAAGAUCUCUAUAUAUCAAACAAAAGAAGGGUGGUAGCAGCCCAUGAUUGUGGCUCCCCAAAUUAUUAACAUGUUCAUUUUGCUGUAUAAGCAACCAAGUCGGAAUUUUGAAUGAAUAUAAAUGAUUUUGUGAAUUUACAGAGUAUC